AUGAUUAAAAUUAAUAUUUUUCAACCAAAAUUUUUUAAGCUACUAAAUCUUGUAAUCUGCUUAAAUAUAAAUAUUGUUAAAUUUUUUUCAGACACAUUCAACUGUGAAAAAUGCGCUUCAGAAAACAAGUUUUACUAUUAUAUUGGUUCUUGA